CAGUUGAUAUUUAGGGUGACAGAUUUUGUUGGAAAAAGUGACUGUAAUAAAACUGUCAUUUUACCUUGCUAUGUGACUAAUCUAAAGGAGAACGAUGUGAGUGUCAUGUUUGUUACGUGGAAAAAACAAGGAAAAGGAUUUUUUUCUUUUGAUGGAGCAAGACAGGAGUUUUUCAGAGAUCAAGCAUUUCAAUCAGCUAACUUAGUAUCUCAGGCGGAUUUACCCAAGGGUGAUGCCUCUCUAAUGCUGGACAGUGCGGAAGCAGAUUUUGGAAAUUACAGUUGCGAAGUAACGGAAUCAAACAGAGAAGGAGAAACAACAGUUGAACUUAAAAACCUCUCAGUUUUCAGUUGCGGCAAGGAAAGCACCCCAACACCAAAGGAAAAAUGUGGAUCAUGGUUUCUUCUAGUGGAAAGUGUUGUCAUCAUAGCGUUGCUGAUCUUAGCUAUUAUUUUGUGUUUGGCUCAGUUACGUGUUACUGCAUUCAAAUAUGACAUUGUACCUCAGAAGAAAAUGAGCUUUAUUGUAGCAGGUGUCGUUGUCACAAUUGCUGCUGUUGUAGGCACUGUUCUUUUUGUCCAAGAUGGCUAUAUUGUACAGAAACAAGCUGGCCUUGGCCUAAUUGUAGGACCUGCUGUGAUUUUGGUACCACUUCAAUACUUUAUCUUUGGAAUUGUUUUCGAUAAUCUACCACAAGCCACAUUUGCUUUGAUAGGCCUGCAAAUUCUUGGUUACAUAAUUGCCAUGGUUGGUUUUGCACUGUGUGUCUCAGCCUGUCCUCCCUUACAUGGGUCUGUUGUGAUUGCUGGCUUAGCUAUUAUGGCUAUUGCAAAUUUGCUUAGUCUGGCUUACGUGUUUGUUAUGGGUUCCAGAAUGAAAGAUCAUCCUCGUCCAGGGAAACCUGUAGAAGAACCACUAAAUGAACCGAAGAGCAGUGUGAUAUGUGAAAAGUACACCGUUGUUGAUACACCGUGGCCUUGA